GAGAAGUUCAUUCAUGACACUGAGCCGCUAACUGAUAGAGUGUAGUGUUAUGCCUUCUAGACACUAGUUCAUUCUUUAACAUCACUAUUUACACACGAGACUCCUGUGGCUUUACGGUUCAGUUACAGGGGAAUAAACACGCAGUCUAAAAAUCUUUCUGAACAUUAUUCUGUUUGAGCACGUUACCUGAACGACCUUAGAGGUAUUGACAUGGUCCUCUAGCUCUGGCAUGUCGGACGCCUUGGGAUGCGCACAAUGUCCUCGACUUUGCCUUCAAGUGGACUCUAUCCAGUUUCAUCUGAACUGAAAAUCACUGGAGCUGCUCAUUCAAGAGCCCCGCAAAGAGAUUCUAAUUUUUUAAGCCGCUCAGCUCCUGGCUUCCUGAAGGACAGCACCUUCUAUACAAAUAACGAGAAGCCUGUCCUUGCACCACCUGUGUUUGUCUUCAAGAAAUUCCCGUCAAUGAAGAGGAGAGCAGACGAUGAUGGAAAAGGGCCCACUGUGAACAAAAGGGUACGCUCCUUCACGUACCCCAGUUUAAACAGUCGAUCAAGACGAGGAAGCACUGAUAGAGACAGACGAGUGCUCUCCACCUCCCUCUCCUUCCCCCCACCCUUACCAGUUUCAAGAUCAAACGUGUUCAUGCCUUCAAGCCUUUGCAAUGUGAACAAAAUGUCAGCGGAUAUAGGCUCCAUAGGUCCUCCAUGUGUUAAAGUGAAUAGGGCUCUGCUCAGGCCGGCAAUGUUGCUGGCCCCCAAGCCCCGCAGAGACCGCACUCACCUCCAGAUGAGCCUGAGCAGUGGGGAUGAUGACAGUGUUGGUAUCGACCAGGAGACGUCCACUAGUGCCUUUGAUCAGCUCUCCUCGUCUCCAUCUGAUAGCAGCCCUUUGAAGAUGGAGGGCGCUACCAAGACCACCAUCCAAUUUGUCUUUGGAGAAAACAUGAGUGAGAGAGUGCUGAAUCCACUGAAAAGUCCAUACAGCGAAGGAGUGUCGGACUCUGAUAGCAGUUCUUCGGAUUCAGAAUCGUCUAGUCCGGACACAUCUCACAACUCCACUGUCAAGCGUUCCCUAUGGGAGUCAGCCGCAGCUACCACGGCGGCCUGUAGGAGGCACUGUUUGCUGAAGCAGGUGCAGGUCAUCACAGGAGAGGAGAGAGAGAGCAAUGUGGUCCAGCUGUCGUGCAAGUUGUUUGUGCUGGAGAAGGGUACGCACUCGUGGACUGAGAGAGGACGGGGCAUCCUGAGGCUGAACGACCUGGCUGCAGAGAAGAGAGGAGAGAUGCAGUCCAGGAUAGUCAUGAGGCACCAGGGCAGCCUGAAGGUCAUCCUGAACACAAAGCUCUGGCCACACACGCAGCUGAAGAGGCCGGCCCGCCGCAACCUCCAGGUGACUGCCACUGACCUGGAGAGCCAUGCGGUGCGGGUGUUCCUGAUCCAGGCGGGGGCCAGGGACAUCUCCCGCCUGCACGCCGCCAUCCACCACCGCCUGGUGGCCAUGCACUGCAGAGCCAAGCACCGCGGCAACACGACUGCAGGAUCCAGUGAAGACGAGGAUGAGAACGAGGACAGGGGACGCAGGUGUCAUCAAGACGCAGACAAGGCCUGGAGUCCAUGAUAGGAACGAUGAUCAACAUUGGACCCUUGUUGUAGAAUACUCCACCCCUGGAUACAUUUUUUUGGACUCAUCUUACUAAGAUGUCAAGGAGACACUGAGAUCACUGUGUCUCCAGGUGGACAAAUGCAACAGUCUUUGCCAAAUAAUUAUAUUGGCUGUUGUAUCUUUUUUGUUGUUGUUUUAGCCAGGGUUUUUGGAACACAUUUCCGCUUGUAAACAGUGAAGAAGGACAUUUUUUCACAAAUCUGUCAGAAAUCACCGGAAACAAAUCUUUACGAAGAUCUUCAAGAAAAACUUUACAUUUUGAAAGUUUGCCUUUGAAAAAAUGGAGUCUUAUAUAAUAUUUAUAUGAAACGCCGUUCACAGGAAUUACCAGAUAUAUGCUGAUCCUCACAGAACGGACUGAGAGUUGUGUUGGUGUUCACAGUAACAGCUUGUGUUGUUGUAGCCUAAUGAACUUUUUGAGCAUUAUUUGAACACAUCUGUGGUAUCAAUGGUCCAUCAUAGGAAUCAUGGAUGUAAGCAGGUACCACAAACGCAUCUACAAUAGUACAGGAUGGCCUGUUUUGCUGCAUACACUUCUCAAAGUGACAUUGAGACGGUUUCUUCUUUUCAACCGUAAAAACAAUGCUUUGUUUGGGUGGUUUGUCAACUUGUAAUACUAGAGUCAAAGGCACUUCGGAAUUCACUUCACUGCCCUCCCUGGGCUACUGUAGUACUAGGCACGUUUAGCGGAGAGAGGAGUUCAAGUCAGUCUUUGUCCUCUCAUCCUUUCCUGUGGCCUCUGGCCUUGUGACGUCACUGUCAUCAAUGAUCAAAGUUGUUAUUGGAAUAUCUUGCAAAAACACAAUUUAAAGGUUAUUCUGUCAUUUGCUAUCGGGAUGUUGAAUGGGAGAAACCCCCCCCCCCCCCAAAGUUGCACUGUAUUGGUUGACAGUGGAGAAACUUAAGAGUUUUUUUUCUCCACAGAGAUGGGGCAACACAGAGCCUGUUUAUAUGUAUCAAUUAACGGUUCAUAGUCAGGUUUUGAUUUCUCAAAACAUGUAAACACUUUAAACAGGUUAUUAUUGGGUUAUUCACAUUCUGGAAUAGUAAGUAGCCAAUUGCAAGCUUCGAAUUACUGGUCAGUGGAACACAUGCAACCGACAGACUGUAUGUAAAGGACAAUAAACAGUUUACUCCAUUAACCUGUUUAUUCCAAUAACCAGAUUAAUUGUGGCAAUGUAAACGGGCUUAAUGAGGCAAGAGGUCAGAGACUACGGUAUAGGAAAGGAUGGGAGGACAGAGAUUGACUUGCACUUCUGAAUUCACUUUUUCUGCCCUUCAUGGGCUUUAAUAGCACUAGGCACAUUCAGCGAAGAAGAGUCCCCUCUGUUGUCCUGCAUGGGUGACAGUUCUACUUCCAUCCUGCAGUGUGGUCAAAAGCAAAAACAGCUUGGUGUGGAUUAAAGUUAUUGAUUCUUUGAUUGUGUGACAGACCUGAAAAGGGAUGAGAGGGAAAGUUAGAGUGAGGGUCAUUGGAAGGAGAUAUAAUAUAUGAAUUAUAUACUGUGAGUAAGUAAAGUGAAUAAUUUUAAUUUCCCUGGGUACAGCACUUUAUUGGGACAAAUAACAAUUAAAUGUACAAGGGAUGAUUAAUGACAUAAAGAUAGUGCUAUGGGUGUAAAAUAAAUGUUUAUGGGAAUUAUAUGGCUGGGCGUAUCCCUGUUUUAGUCCACAAAAUUACAUAUUCAUAUGCUAGACUGUGAAAAUAAUGUAUGUUUAAUGGAGUUUAAUCUUACAGUAUGAUUGAAAAAGUUUUGGUUGUGACAGGAAAAACAGGAAUGUGUGCACCAACUGAAGAAUGCUGAUGUAAAUUGGGCUAUGGCAUCAUUUUUUAUUCUAUAAUCUUCAAUUAUUGCUGUUUAAAAACGGAAUUCUAAAUCUUAAUCUAAAGAUUAUUCAGGACGAGACUUAUUGUAGUGGAAUGUAGUUUGUUAAAGUGCAUUCAUUGACAACAUGAAAUCAACAUGAAAUUAUUGUAUCAGCAAAUAAAUUGUUCAAAACAUUCAACAAAAGCACACAAAUAGUUCAAUGUAUGCACCAGUUUAGGGUUGUAAAAGAGAGAAAAUGAAAAGAUGCCUUGGUCAGAAUUUGUGAGCAGAUACAGAGUCCCUUUAAUUCAGAAGUCGCCAGUUUCUUUUCGAAUAGUUGAUAAUAUGCAUCUAAUAACAUAAGACAUCCUCAGUCACACAUGCCCAUAUAUGCAAUACAGUGGGACAGUGAUUAUCAAAGUUAAACUUAAAUCUUCAAUGGCUCAAAUCUGUUUUGUGCCCAU